AUGCACUGGGGCCUAACACUGCUCCUGAUUGUCUAUUCUCCUCUUCCCUGCCAGACCUGCCUCACGCGCCUCGGUACGUGUCGACAGCUCUCCUAAGACACUCCAGGCAAAUGUAAUCAUUCAGACUGCAGUUAUAUAUACCUCAAUUAGGUACACAGUUCUGAAUUAAACAAGAUACUCUAUUCUAACUACUACAUAAUAUUUACACUACACAGUUCGAACCCAUGUACUUUUUUGUCUAUAGGUUACAGUAAGGAUUAUCCAUAUGUCUUGUCAGUUGUCAAGCGCUGUCCACUUUUCGACAUGCUUUAUAACAAUUUUUUUUGCAUUUCAUAACCCACAAACAAAAAAGUGCCCUCGCCACAAUGGUGGCCUUUAUUUGACAGACUUUGUGCAACUUACCGUGGAGCGUCUUACGGGAAUCAUGACGGCUUCAGCGAAACAGUCUUCUCAAUAACUUUGGAGACUCCGGGGUUCAGCGACGACUGCAUAUUCAAGGAGGCAUUCCGCGAAGGUGCAUUUGUCCAGUUUUCUUGCAAAAUCACUUUUCCUGCCCUAACUCUGCAUUUCGCAAGAAAGGUAAGCAGGCGCAAUCUGGAGGUCCUGAGGUUAUCUUUUACCCAGAGCAUUCUUUUACAGAAUCAAGCAAGUUUGGAGGCACUGAGUCUGGAUCUGGUCAAUGUCAGUGCGAAUUCCGAAGCAAACAUGAUCUACGUGUCGCAGAGGCCCUUCUCCUUGCAUAUGGCGAACCUCAAAUUUCCUAUUCUCCGUCAUGGAUAUGUCAAGGAAGACGCCAAAGAAGGUCGUGCGUCCACAUGGAAAAGGGCAGUCAUUGCAAGAGCACAAACACUAGCCAACAGUGCCUACCUCCAGCACAAUACGCCCAGAUGCUAA